AUGGUCGCCGAUGACGGCAUUGAUAUCCUCGCCCGGGUUGCAGGCGGCGAAACGCUCGAGCUGGACGCCUGGCCUGCGCUGCAGAUUGAUAUCCUCGCGCGCUUAGAAAAGAUUGCGCACACGGAAUUCGCCAUCCCCAGCCUGCCCCCGCCGCCCCGACUGCGACGGUCCCUCGACAACGGCGCAGCCGUGUCCUCGUCGCCGACGGCCGAACCCUCAUCGCAAGAGGCCGACAAGGAGAAUGCGCCGCUGCCCGCUGCCCGCGAGGCCAGGGGCGGCGGUGAUAAAACCGAGCAGCAGCGCACACAACCCACGGAAACGACGACGACAACGACAGGCGACGAUGGCGAUACCGUCAUGGAAAAGCCGGACGAGGCCAGCACAGAGACACCAACCCGCGAAGUGUCAACACAAACGAACACACAACAACCGCCCGUCGAGCCCUCGGCAGAAACGAUAGCGACCGACGAUUCUGGCGGCACGAGCAGUCUGCCAAAGCUCCCGAUCCAGCUCGCCGCUAUGCUCGGCGACAUCCAGAGCCACAUCCGGACCUUUGUCCAGGCGCCACCGCACACGCUCCAGCGCCUGGCCGAGCUCGUGCUGCGCCCGCGCGCGCACUACCGCGCCCUGGCCACGUACUUGCACGCCGUCGACCGCGUCGUCCAGGUCACCUCGGGACUGAACACGUACCCGCUGCCGCCCGCCAUCCCCGACAUGUCGUCGAUGCACAUCAACGGCGCCGACGGCAGCAAGGACCCCGCCGCUGCGGUGAGCUGGAGCACCCCGACGGCCGGUGCCAACAGCAACAGCGCGGCGGCAGCCGUAGGCUCCGACGAGGCACUGGGCGGCGCCCUGCUGACGCCGAUCCCUUGGCUUACCCGCCGUAGCCCGGAGAGCGUCGACGCCACAUCGACGAGCAGCGGCGCUGGCAGCACUAGCACGGGCGGUGCGAGUAGCUCUAGCGGUGCAGGCGGCAGUGGCGGUGGCGCGCAGAUUCACAGCGAAUGCACUGAGACGAUUGACGGCCCUAACGGCAUGGGCAGCAUAGAGACGGUGUCGGUGAGCGUCAACGGCGUGCCGUCGACCGGCCACGCGCGCGGCGUCACCCAAGGCGAGCUCCUAAGGCAGGAGCAGCGCGCCGGCGUCGUGCCCGUGAGCCAGCUGUCGCGGAACGGCGGGCAUCCCGGCCACUCCAUGCAGCAGCAGCAGCAGCAGCCGCUCCAGUCGCAGCGCGAGGCGGGCGCGUCGCACGGUGACGGAUCCGACGAAGAGGAUGACGAGGAGGAUGGCGAGCACCACCAGCGCCGGCACCCUGACCACCAGCCGAUGGACGAGGAGCAGCGGCGCCCGCCAAACGCCGCCACCGACGACGACGACGGGGUAGACGGGUACAAGAAUGAGGACGACGACGAGGAGGGGAUCCCGCACGCCCGCGGGCCCGACGAGAUCGGCGUCAACGACACGGGUCCCCAGACCGCCACGACGAGCGCCAUGGGCGAGGGCGGCCUCGAGAUGCAAGGCAUCGACGUCGCCGCCGCCGUCGGUAGGCCGCGCGAGCAAGAGGAGCACCCGCAGGCGCGGAAGCGCUCCUCGACGCCGGAGGAAGGGGGCGAGCACGCCGACGCCGAGACGGAGUCGACGGCCACCGAGGAGGAGGCCACGGGGACGAAGCGCGAGGCGGAGGAUGCGGCGGAGAGGGAGCCUGCAAAGAAGGUCAAGGAAGAAUAA